UAACUCGAAGGCCGAAGCACUGGUGUAACCAUACUAGAUUUCCAGGACUGUUUUAUAUGUAAAAAGAAAAAAAAGGGUGUGUUUUCUCCGCAGCGGCAGCUGCUAUAUCUACAUCUGCUCGUGUUGCGUGUAGAACGAUAGAUCACAGUUCAUUUCAAUUUUAAGGAACCAUGGCGGACUCUUCAGGGACGACGCUUAUGGAUCUGAUAACGGCUGAUCCUGCGCCUGUUCCAGCGGCAGCAUCCACAGUGUCUUCUUCAUCUGCAUCAUCGACGACAGCGGCAGCGUCUCCUGCUGCCACGCAGCAACAGUAUGUGUCGACCAAGACCGCGCUGGGGGAGAAAAAGUCCAAGAGAGCGGCUCUGAUGCAGAUCCAAAAUGAUACCAUUUCUGUGGCUAAGGCAGCUCUCAACCCCGUCCGUACUAACAUUAUUUCUCAUCAGAAGCAGAAGCAGAAGAAGCCUGUAUCAUACGCGCAACUUGCGAGGAGUAUUCAUGAACUAGCUGCUACUUCUGAUCAAAAAAGUUCUCAGAAGCAACUGGUGCAUCAUGUGUUUCCCAAACUUGCUGUGUACAAUUCUGUUGACCCUUCUUUGGCACCAUCUCUUCUCAUGCUUGAUCAACAAUGCGAGGAUAGGACAGUCCUUCGUUAUGUAUAUUAUUACUUGGCAAGAAUUUUAGCAGAUACUGGUUCCCAGGGUUUAAAUCCUGGUGGUGGGAUCCCCACACCCAACUGGGAUGCUUUGGCUGACAUUGAUGCUGUUGGAGGGGUGACAAGAGCUGAUGUUGUACCACGGAUUGUUAAUCAGCUUACCACAGAGGCCACAAACACUGAUGUUGAAUUUCAUGCAAGAAGACUGCAAGCUCUAAAGGCUCUUACUUAUGCUCCUUCGAGCAACAUUGAGAUUUUGUCCAGAUUGUACGAAAUUGUCUUUGGCAUUCUUGACAAGGUUGGCGAUGUCCCGCAAAAGCGUAAAAAAGGCAUUUUUGGUGCUAAAGGGGGUGAUAAAGAGUCUAUCAUCCGAAGUAAUCUGCAAUAUGCUGCUCUAAGUGCUUUGAGGAGACUUCCUUUGGAUCCAGGAAAUCCAGCAUUUCUGCAUCAUGCUGUGCAGGGGAUUUCAUUUGCCGACCCUGUUGCUGUCAGGCACUCUUUGGAAAUCAUCUCUGAAUUGGCCAUAAGAGACCCUUAUGCAGUUGCAAUGGCUUUAGGAAAGCUUGUUGCGCCAGGAGGGGCUUUGCAAGAUGUUCUUCAUUUGCAUGAUGUGCUUGCUAGAGUUUCACUGGCCAGGUUGUGCCAUACAAUAUCAACAGCACGAUCAUUAGAUGAGAGGCCUGACAUUAAAUCUCAGUUCAACUCUGUGCUCUAUCAACUCCUGCUCGACCCCAGUGAAAGAGUCUGUUUUGAGGCAAUUUUGUGCAUAUUGGGUAAACAUGAUAACACCGAAAAGACAGAAGAGCGAGCUGCAGGCUGGUACCGCUUAACUAGGGAGAUCUUAAAGUUACCAGAAGCACCAUCAAAUUCCAAAGACAAAUCUCAAAAGACGAGGCGACCACAACCCCUCAUUAAACUUGUAAUGAGAAGGUUAGAGAGUUCUUUCCGUAGUUUCUCUAGACCAGUACUCCAUGCUGCUGCUAGAGUUGUCCAGGAGAUGGGGAGAAGCAGAGCUGCAGCACAUGCUUUAGGCUUACAAGAUCUUGAUGAAGGAGCUUAUGGGAACAAAUAUGACUCCAUGGAUUCAUUUGAUUCAGAUAUGAAUGACAGUUCUCAUCCUGAAGGUAUCCGAAGAACCACUGGAGUAUCCAAUGCAGCUGGUGGCAAGGAUACAAUUGCAGGCAUGCUAGCUUCACUCAUGGAAGUAGUUAGAACAACUGUGGCAUGUGAGUGUGUGUAUGUUCGGGCAAUGGUGAUCAAGGGGUUGAUUUGGAUGCAAAGUCCGCAUGAAUCAUUUGAUGAACUUAAAUCCAUUAUUGCAUCGGAGCUCUCUGACCCGGCCUGGCCAGCCACACUUUUGAAUGAUAUUUUGCUGACAUUGCAUGCCCGUUUCAAGGCGACACCAGAUAUGGCUGUCACACUUCUUGAACUUGCAAGGAUCUUUGCCACUAAAGUACCAGGAAAGAUCGAUGCUGAUGUUUUGCAACUUCUUUGGAAAACUUGUCUUAUUGGAGCUGGUCCUGAUGGGAAACACACUGCAUUAGAAGCAGUCACUAUUGUUCUAGACCUCCCACCACCUCAGCCUGGAUCAAUGUCUGGGUUUACAUCAGUAGACAGGGUAUCUGCAUCUGAUCCAAAGUCGGCUCUAGCAUUACAGAGAUUGGUCCAAGCAGCUGUGUGGUUCCUUGGGGAAAAUGCUAAUUAUGCUGCUUCAGAAUAUGCUUGGGAAUCCGCAACGCCUCCAGGUACGGCACUAAUGAUGUUAGAUGCGGAUAAAAUGGUGGCUGCUGCAAGCUCCCGUAAUCCCACACUGGCUGGUGCAUUGACUCGACUCCAGAGGUGUGCUUUCAGCGGUAGCUGGGAGGUUCGCAUUAUUGCUGCUCAAGCACUUACAACUGUGGCAAUCCGGUCUGGUGAGCCAUUUAGGUUACAGAUCUAUGAAUUUUUACAUGCCUUAGCACAGGGUGGUGUGCAGUCUCAGUUAUCUGAAAUGCAUCUUAGUAACGGAGAAGAUCAAGGAGCCAGUGGUACAGGGCUUGGAGUUCUAAUAACUCCUAUGAUCAAAGUUCUUGAUGAAAUGUAUAGUGCACAAGAUGACCUAAUCAAGGAAAUGCGCAGUCAUGAUAAUGCAAAUAAGGAAUGGAAAGAUGAAGAGCUUAAGAAAUUAUAUGAAACCCAUGAGAGGUUGCUGGAUCUUGUUUCACUGUUUUGUUAUGUGCCACGAGCAAAGUAUCUCCCUUUGGGGCCAAUAAGUGCAAAACUCAUCGACAUAUAUCGUACACGGCAUAAUAUUAGUGCGUCAACUGGGUUGAGUGAUCCAGCUGUUGCCACUGGAAUUUCUGAUCUUGUUUAUGAAUCUAAACCGGCCACCACUGAAUCUGAUACACUAGAUGAUGAUCUAGUAAAUGCUUGGGCAGUCAACCUUGGUGAUGUCCCCGCAGUGAACAGGGUCAAUGAAUUUCUUGCUGGUGCUGGAACUGAUGCACCGGAUGUUGAUGAGAACAUAGUCUCUAGACCUUCUGUUAGUUAUGACGAUAUGUGGGCCAAGACACUUUUGGAGAGUACAGAAAUGGAGGAAGAUGAUGUCAGGUCAUCAGGGUCAUCUUCUCCGGAGUCAACAGGAUCAGUUGAAACUUCCAUAUCGUCUCACUUUGGUGGAAUGAACUAUCCUUCACUCUUCAGUUCACGACCAACUACUUAUGGGGCUUCACAACCUUCACAGGAGAGAUCAGGUGGAAGUAGAUUUAACCAUCCUUCAUCAAUGCACGAGGGUUAUGGUUCUCCAAUUAGAGAAGAACCUCCACCCUAUACAUCACCUGAACGGUAUGAGUCUUUUGAAAAUCCCUUAGCUGGCCGCGGGUCCCAUAGUUUUGAAUCCAAGGAUGAUGAUCGCAUGUCUUCUGGAAAUCCCCAAUUUGGGACUGCCCUGUAUGAUUUUACUGCAGGUGGAGAUGAUGAGUUGAGCUUAACAACUGGAGAAGAGGUUGAGAUUGAGUAUGAAGUUGAUGGAUGGUUCUAUGUGAAGAAAAAACGGCCUGGAAGGGAUGGUAAAAUGGCUGGGUUGGUCCCUGUUCUUUAUGUCAGUCAGAGUUAAAAGUUUGGAUGUCUCUUAAUAGAAGAUUCUGUCUUGGGCUCGUCUCAUCUCAGCUUGGAUAAUUCUAAUAUCCUAUAUCCUCCUUUUUGUGAAGUUUUAUGUUACCAGUCUUUUCCCCCGCAUAUGAUGCCCGAUAGGAUAAACAUGACAAGAAAAGCGGCAGUUUAUUGUGCUUUUGCUGGGUUGUUAUUUUUUUUAUUGGUUUCGCGAAUUAUGGAAGCAUUUAGUUGGACUUUUCUUGUGCGUGUUCUGGUUUGAGAGAGAGAGAGAAUAACAUGUUUGCUAUUUUGGAAUUUGAAUUUGAAUUAGAUAACAUGCAGAGAGUUGGGAUUGCAUUUCAAUUGUAGCAGUAUAAAUUAUUUAUGCCCGUUAUCAAAUGCAGCGGAAUUUUUCAUA